GCUGCUGUUCCUGCUCGGGGCGGCCGCGGGCUGCGGGUACCAGUCGUGUCCCCCGACCCGGCCGGACAUGCUGAACGUGCACCUGGUGCCGCACACGCACGACGACGUGGGGUGGCUGAAGACGGUGGACCAGUACUACUAUGGGGUGCGGAACCAGGACCAGCACGCGGGGGUCCAGUACAUCCUGGACUCGGUGGUGGCCGAGCUGGCCGCCGACCCCUCCCGGCGCUUCAUCUACGCCGAGGUUGCCUUCCUGGCGCGUUGGUGGCCACAGCAGGACGAGGCCACGCGGAGGCUGGUCAGGCAGCUGGUGCAGGAGGGCCGGCUGGAGUUCGUCGGGGGGGGCUGGUGCAUGAGUGACGAGGCCACUGCUCACUACGGGGGGGCCCUGGAGCAGCUGGCCCUGGGCCGGCGAUUCCUGCGCCGCCUCUUUGGCCACUGCGGGACCCCCCGGGUGGCCUGGCAGAUCGACCCCUUCGGCCACGCCCGCGACCUGGCCGCCACCUUCGCGCAGAUGGGCUAUGACGGGCUGUUCCUGGGCCGAGUGGACCACCAGGACAAGUGGCAGCGGCUGCAGCGCCGGGAGCUGGAGAUGCUCUGGAGGGGGAGCGCCAGCCUGGAGCCCCCCCGGGCCGACAUCUUCACCGGGAUCCUGCCCAACAUGUACAACCCCCCCCCGGGGCUGUGCUGGGACCAGCUCUGCUCCGACCCCCCCGUGGUGGACGGGGACGGCCCCGAGCGCAACGUGGACGCCGUGGUCAGCUCCUUCCUGCAGACAGCGGCCUCGCAGGCCCAGCAGUACCGCACCAACCACAUCAUCAUGACCAUGGGCUCCGACUUCCACUACGAGAACGCUCACCUGUGGUUCAAGAACCUGGACAAGCUCAUUGCCCACGCCAACGCCCGGCAAGCCAACGGCAGCCGCGUCCACGCCCUGUACUCCACCCCGUCCUGUUACCUGCGGGAGCUGAACCGGGCCAACCUCACCUGGCCCCUGAAGACGGACGAUUUCUUCCCCUACUCGGACGGGCCCCACCAGUUCUGGACUGGCUACUUCAGCAGCCGCCCGGCCCUCAAGGGCUACGAGCGGCUCAGCAGCGGCUUCCUGCAGAUCUGCAGCCAGCUGGAAGCCCUGGCCGGGCCCGCGGCUCGGGCCGGUCCCUACUGCCCUGGGGACAGCUCCGUGCUCCGUGAGGCCGUGGCCGUGGCCCAGCACCACGACGCCGUGGCCGGCACCGAGAGGCAGCACGUGGCCAACGACUACGCCCGGCAGCUGGCCAAGGGCUGGGACAGCUGCCAGGUGCUGGUGGCCAACGCCCUGUCCCUGCUGGGGGGCACCAAGGAGCCCUUGGUGUUCUGCAACGGCCUCAACGUCAGCGUGUGCCCCCUCAGCGAGGCCACCCCUCAGUUCUCUGUGAUCCUGUACAACCCCCUGGCCCGGGCCGUGGCCUGGCCCGUGCGCCUCCCGGUCAGGGGCAGCUCCUACGCCGUGACCGACCCUGAGGGCCAGCCCGUGCCCAGCCAGGUGAUCCCGGUGUCCUCUGUGACCCAGCGGCUGCGGGGUGGCACCGGGGGGGCCCCAGGGGAGCUCCUGUUCCAGGCCUGGGCUCCCCCCUUGGGGUUCAGCACCUUUGGGGUGAAGCAGCUGAGCCCGGGGGGACCCCAGGACCCCCCCAGGUGGCCCUCGGGGGACACGGAGCCACAGAUCGAGAACGAGCACCUGCGGGUCCUGUUCGACCCCGUCACGGGGCACCUGCGCGAGAUCCAGAACCUGGCCAAGGGCAUCUCCCUGCCCGUGUUCCAGAGCUUUUACUGGUACAACGCCAGCGCUGGGGACUCGGAGAGCUCCCAGGCCUCGGGCGCUUACAUCUUCCGGCCCAACGCCUCGGUGCCCUCGCCCGUGGCCAAAUGCGCGGCCACGCGCCUGCUCAAGACCGCAGUGGUGCAGGAGCUGCACCAGAACUUCUCGGCGUGGUGCUCGCAGGUGCUGCGGCUGCGCCCGGGGCAGCCUUACCUGGAGCUGGAGUGGACAGUGGGGCCCAUCCCCGUGGGGGACGGGCUGGGCAAGGAGGUGAUCAGCCGCUUCCAGACCCCGCUGCGCACGGCCGGGCUCUUCUACACCGACUCCAACGGGCGCCAGGUGCUGGAGCGCAGGCGUGACUACCGGCCCACCUGGAACCUGAGCCAGAGCGAGCCCGUGGCAGGGAAUUAUUACCCCGUGAACACCCGGAUCUUCAUCAGGGACCAGAAGGUGCAGCUGACGGUGCUGACUGACCGCUCCCAGGGUGGCAGCAGCAUCCUGGACGGGUCCCUGGAGCUCAUGGUGCACCGGCGGCUCCUGAACGAUGACAAGCGGGGUCUGGGGGAGGCUCUGGACGAGCCCGGGGCGGACGGGCGGGGCCUGGUGGUGCGGGGCCGGCACCUGGUGCUGCUGGACACCGUGCAGGCCGCGGCUGAGCAGCACCGGCCACGGGCACAGGAGAUGGCGACACCCCCGCAGGUGGUGCUGGCAGCUGGAGAGGGGCCUCACCUGCGCCAGUUCUCGGGGCUGCGUGGGUUGCUGCCCCCCAACCUGCACCUGCUGUCGCUGGAGCAGCGCGGGGUCGGGGCCGGGGUCGGGACCCUCCUGCUGCGCCUGGAGCACCUGUACGAGCAGGGAGAGAGCCACAACGGCUCCCAGCCCGCCAGCGUGGACCUGACGACCCUUUUCUCAGCCUUCACCAUCACCUCGGUGCGGGAGAUGGCGCUGGGGGGGGACGUGCCCCUGCACAGCGUGUCCCGCCUGCUCUGGAACACAGCCACAGGAACCCCCAAACCCCGCCCGGGGCCCCGGCUGGACCCGAGGCACGUGAGGCUGGAGCCGAUGGAGAUCCGAACCUUCCUGGCCUCGGUGCGGUACUGAGGGGGCUGGGGGGCCCCGAGCCAUCCCCCCAACCCCCCCAAA